UGUAGCAAUUCGCUCUAUUCGCUAUUCAAAAUGGCGACGGUGUUGCGUUCACGGUGCGCGUUUGCGCGGCUUUUUACUAGAAAAAGUAAUCGAAUCCUGAACAACACAAUUGAUUCAGUUACAGGAUUAAUUCCGGAAUCACAAUCGGUAACAUUUCUCACCAGACAAUAUUCAAAUUAUGCUAAAUCUCCUUUUGCCGAUAGAAUAACGGAACAAUAUAACUAUGAAAUUGUGAAGAAUCCCCCUGAAUGGAAAUAUGUGGAAAGACUCAUGCCGUUUGAAACAAUUCCACAAGUUAUCCCAAAAGAAAGUUAUCCUGGACAGUGGGUGCCACCAAAAGACGAAGCUAAAAGUCUUCCAUUUUUUAUAUCUAGAACAAAAAAUCACGAUAUUCCUAUAUAUAUGGAGACCACAUUUAAAGGAAAUCGUAGAAUUACUAAGAUAAAGAAGAUUGAUGGAGAUAUUUGGCUAAUGAAUGAUGAAAUAAAACAUCUUUUAAAAACUAAAUAUAAAAGAUACGUAGAAACACGAGUCCACGAGUUAGCUAGAUUCAUAGAAAUAAAAGGUGACUACGUUAAUGAUAUGAAAGAAUGGGCAUAUUCUAAAGGAUUUUAAUGUUCUUAAAUAUAACAAAAUAAAGAAAAUUCAGAUUUAUCAUUGUAGUUUUAUUAAUAUCCUGUUAAUUACU